AUGGAAAAGAACAAUGCCCUGGGCAUCCCGCCUUCCAUCUCAGAUAUAAUCAAGGCUGUACUCCAGAUUUCCAACAGGACAGCACCGGGAUCGGACGCAAUGCCGGACGAAAUACAAAUGGACGGCAGUCCUCGGCUGAUGGAUAAAUUGACCUCACUCUUUCAGGAACUGUCGCGAACAGGACAAUUCCAGCCCGACUUCAAAUACGCAACCACCGUCCAUCUCUACAAGCGCAAAGGGAACCGGCAACUCUGUGAUAACCAGAGGCAUCUCAUCACUCAAAAUCGCCGGAGAGAUCCCCACUCGCGUUCACCUCAGCCGUCAACCCCGCACGUGGAGCAGGGACUUCUCCAAGAAAGCCAGCAUGCUUUUCGUAGUAGCCGCAGAACCACUGACACGGCAUCUGCAGCCAAGAGAUGA